GUCAUGAAGCAAAUAUUGGGUGUUCUCCAGGACUCGACGAUUGUGUCGAAGAGUGGCAAGGACAAACGGUCUCGUUUCUGGACGCUAUACCAACGAGUCGCAAAGGAACACGACGGCGAGUUCCUCGAGCGAUACAUUACUGACAUGGACAUCGUCUUGAUCUUCGUA